AUGAGAAAAGAAAGGAAUGAAUUUGAAAAACAGAAACAUAUGAUGCUGCAACAAUUUGAAAUUGAGAAGAACAAAAUCAAAAAGGCCCUUACGAUGCAAAUUGAAUCCCUAAUGACCGAGAAGGGCCAGCUGCAAAAGUAUCUGAGCACAACUGAACAAAGGCAAAAGGCUAUAAUUGUUCAAAAAGAUGCAGAAAUACGCAGCCUAACCAACAAGCUUUCCCUCACCAGCAAGCUUUCUGUCCAACCGCAACAUACCAAAGAACCUCAAAAGCAGUUACCGGUUCUCGAGACUGAUUCCUCUUUGCUCACACAAAGAUGUGAGGAAGCAAUACAUAACAUCACACAAACGUACACUGAUCAGAAGAUUGAGCAAGUGGUUCAUGAAGUUACACAACUAUAUGCUCAUGCCGGGAAAAAUUCUGAAGGGGACAACAAAGAUGAUAAUGCAAAACAAAGACCACGAAGGCAAAAAAUGGAUGACAACUAUUACUAUGGUUCAAUCACAAAGGAUGGUCGCAAAAAAGAACAAAUUGUCCUUGACGAAAGUAACGAGCCACAAGCAGAAAUCAAGAAACUUGAUGACAAGAUUCCUCCGCAAGGAAAAAAGGCAGACAUUGUCCUAGCCUUGCUACCUGACGAAUGCCAAGAAACGAUCAGAAAAUUUUGGGAACUCGAGGAGGGAUGUACGCACAUAUGGGAUUGUGAAUUAGAUGACCUGCGCAUAUAUCAAGAAGAUGUGAGGUUUCUGCUAUGUGAUCGAGAAUUAACAGGCCAGCCAAUAGAUGCCUACGUCCACUUGCUGACUACAACACUACAACCACCAAUAUCUGGACCGUCCUUUUCAUUGGGAAUAGAAGAUUCCCAACAAGAUAUGCCAUUUGUCUUCAACAGCUUUUCAUCAACCUUCCUUGGAGGUAAUCAAAACUCAGCUAACAGAGCACUUGAUGUCGUUCGCUCAAAGAUUUUGAACACCAGAACAAUCCUUAUCCCAAUAUUUGGUUCAAACUAUUAUACUUUGCUUGAGCUAGACACCAUUGACCAAGAAUGGAGGUUCUACAACUCCAUCCACAGACAAGGGAGAAGAGAUAAAUACUAUGAAGCAACUGCCAAUCUGGUAAUAUAA